AGCUCUAGAAUCUAAUCGAGUCGACAAUCCGGUCAUUGAUUCAUCGCUUUUUCCACAAACCGCUGAAAGAUUCCGCUGAAGAUUAAUAUUAUAUGGCUAGAAUUUCCCGGAAUGGGAUAGGCACAAUAUCAACGUCACAGGAAAGGAUGGGAGGACGAGGAAACUAAGGGCAGUCCAGUGUAAGUGGCAUGAGAAUCACAAAGAAAUAUAUGAGGAACAAUCGAAGAUCGAUGCAGCUGCACCUGAAAGGAUACGACCGAGGAAAGCGAUAUCAUCCGAAUGGAAGAGGGGAUCUCUUGUGUGAAAGAGAGAAGACAACUCCCUGCCCCAGGUCCGGACAGUUGACUUCUUUUCAAUCCUGAUGAACCAAGUCCACAUUCGUCAGAUACAUUCUAGCGCAGGUUUGUGCCUCUUACGUCUCACAUCUGUUUAUGAGAUGAACACUGCAGACAGUUGACUCCAUAUCCGCAGGUUCGGGAAACGUGUCACCGGAUCUCACUGCGCACUUCUGUGAAGCUCUCGUGCUUCCAAUUUCGGCACCUUAAACUAGUCCCUCGGGUCAUCGGAUCACGUGGAGAGAAAAAUGCACGCUGGAAACCUAGCCUCUACGAGGGUAUCGAAAACCAGCGUUGACUGUCACAGUCUUUCACUACCUGCGACUCGAUUGAUGGUUCGAAGAACACCGGCUCCAUGUGGUCAAAGGCUGUUUCUUCGCCUGUAGUGGCUUCAAUCCAAAUCUAAAAUUGCACUUUCGUUGCCGGCAUGGCAGGAACGUCCGGAAAUUGAAGCCAAAAAGCUGGAAGCAUCGCUACUACAAUCAUUAAACGGUUGAAGUUGGAUUGACAUGCAUUGACAGAAUAUCCAUUGCAAAGCAGCUAGAAAGAGCAAAGAUUCGUCCGAGAGGCAGGACAAGGUUUCUCUUUCUGGCUUCCUUGCAGCAGACGGUCAAUGUGGGAUUGAUGGAAUGGAGUUGUCAACCAUCACUUGGCUAAGUAGACCUUCCAGCUGCUUGGACGAGGACGAGCGUUACUCCCUAGGAACGACCAAAAACAAGUGUCUGUCCCUUCAGUACCUCCUACAUCAAUUCGACUCCGGAAGUGCAUGACAUGCCUACUGCCGAAUGUAAUAGCCGUGAAGACGAGGAUCAAAACUGGAGCGCACUGUGUCGGUGGAGGUUGGACUUCUGAUAUCAUAAGCUUGGACGAGAAUGGCGUAGGAGACGAUACAGUGUACAGGAUUAUAUAAGCACAAAAGAAAAACAGAGCUCGUGGACAUGGCGAUUCCGUGCUCGACCAUGAGCUUGGUAUGUGCACUCACAAAGCUGCAAGAAGAUGGGCAUGACCACGAGUUGGAGGCCUGUCGACUGCUCGGUUUCGGAUCUAUGUCAGAAAACGCUCGUCACAGGAGUAUCCUGUUGCUCUGGCUCUGGCCAUGACAAAAUAUCCUUCUCGUCUGACAUAUGAACGGAGUUGUCUGCCACCAUUGCAAGUGGACAACACUAUGGCAACACUUCGGUUGGCUAUACAGAACGUCAUGCGUUUCAGGCCCAGCAGCAGCAGGAAGCUGCGAGUGUGAGGCCAAAGUGCUUGAGCUCACAGGAAAUGAAUGGAGAUUGUGACAUGUGCAGGUGACAACGGCAUGAACGGCGUGAGCUCGGAGACAAAUCUUUCUCGAGGCACACCCUCGAGGGCACGUUGACUGGAAUUGUGUACUUUGUCGGGAGACCCUGUCCGCUGUACAGUCACGGCGGUCGUUCGUAUGUCCACUUCAGCUGCAUUGCAUUUGAGACGAUCCAGGAUGACUCUGCCGCCUCGAUCUGCCCCUGACUCCACCUCACCAACUACAGCAUGGACAUGCAAAGAGGAGCCAGCCCCCCAACCCCCCCCACCCCCCGCACCGACUUCGACGAUCAUACCAAAUGAGCUCCUCAUCAGCAGCCCAUCGUUUAUCCAUCGUUGGCGAUACGUCCCCUUCUCACACUUUUCUCAAGGUCCUGGGGUCGUACUUUUCUGCCCCCGAAUCUUGCUUCUUAAAUCCCCUCCGCCCCCCAUCUCCUUUGGCAUCCGACUCAUAGCAAGAGCUGCACUCCGACCUCGAGAUCCUGAAUGGCAGUUUGCCCAGAAAACACGAGCUCAGAUUCUGCAUAUACUCAGCUGAAAUUCAUCCACCUCAAGCGACAAAACCAUCGGCGGUGCAGGCCCGGGGGUGGCUGUUUCUCGUGAACAUAGUUUCGGGGAUUGGAAAUCAGAACAUGGGAGGGGAAAUGGACAGAAACGUGGUGACUGCUCUGUUCACUGCGAUAUUCAUUGUGACCGUAGCUGGGAAAUGUUACGGAGACCCCAAUUCGAAGCUGCUGCGAUGGAGCUGCCAGUUGGAAUCUGACGCCCAACUUGCUGACACUGCCGGUCGACACAGUUUAUGGCCCAUUCCUGGACGGGGCAAAUUUGCCACCGGCGGCAGUGCUUGGACCGUGUGCAACCCCGAAAUGGACGAGGCCGCCUGCAAUGCUUGCGUCCAGCGCGCUCUGAGACUGGCACACCUCGCUCUGGACCUCUUAGACAUUGACUCCGAAUGCUCGGGGGAGGGAGUUCAGCUCUAUCUCCAGAGCUGUAAGAUGCGCUACGUGCUGAACGACUUCCACACUCCACCGGAAGUUCUGUACUCAGCUGCAUGAAGCUGCUCCUCUCUCAGGCAUGGCCUGGCUGAUGUGCAGAUUGGAUACACGGAUCCAGCUACAACUGUCCAAAAGUGCUCAAGCACAUGAGAUUCAGUACAGUAGCUGCAGAUACCGCUAUUUCUUUUGCCAAUCGGGCUACUGUAUUUCUACCACUCCGAUCCAAGAAGUAGAUGACUAUUCCUACUAUUCCUAUUGACUAAGUGAAUUAUUCAAGGUCCUAUCGUUGCAAGCAAUGAUGAUAGUAAGGUAACAUAACAGCCCAUAAUCUUUUCUAGAUGUAGUCCUGUCGAUAUUGCAAGUGUGGUGUCCAAAAUGUAAACAAAAUCCUCUUCUCCAGGCUAGAGAGAUGUCGUAAUUGAAGGAAGAUUAAAUAGACCGAGUUGUAGAUACAGAGAGAGACAGAGAGGGAGAGAGGCGAGUAUGGGCUCUUGAUGAUGAUGUUUCGAUGCAAUCUUGAUCAAAAAGAAGUAUUGGAAGAUCCCGUCAAAGCGCCACAUAGAUGAAACUGUAGGAGUAAGAUCUAGGCUAGCCUGAAAACAAAGUUUCACGAGGUGAGAAAUAUUUAUUAUUUUAUCUUAAAUAUCCUAAAUAUCUAGUCAAACUGUCUACAUUUACAAGAGGUUGGUAAGAAACAUCAUGUGCUGUUGUGUUUGAUCUAUUGGAAGAGCCAAAUAGUCAGCAGAUCAAUGUUCUGUCCAUUCAUAUAAAACCCAGCCAGCUGAUAACUGUUCACAGGCUGCCUAAGAAAGUUUAUACUAGAACCUAAGGAGAGUGAGCCUUGUAUGACAUGCUCUUCACUCUUUCACAUUCUUUCAUGUUGAAGUUAGUUCUAUUGCUCCAUAUACUUCAAUAGUAAUAAAGAGUUGAUAUCUUU